GCGUGGCUCAGACGUCAGGAGGAGCCCGAGCGGGCAGGAGGCAGCGCCCAUCCCCGCCGCUGCCAGAGUGUCGGCGGCUGCCGGACGGGGCAGAGGGAGAGAAGUGGGAGGGAAGGAGGCGCUUCCUGGCUGAAGCGAAGUCAAAAGUCGACGCGGCGCGGCAAGCGAGGGAAGGAGCGAGCGGGGGGCGGGGGCGCGCGCCAUGGCCGACGUCUUCCCCAACCCGGAGCCCGGCGCGGGUCCCGACGCGGCGCGGGGCUUCGCCCGCAAAGGGGCCCUCCGGCAGAAGAACGUGCACGAGGUCCGCGACCACAAAUUCAUCGCGCGCUUCUUCAAGCAGCCCACCUUCUGCAGCCACUGCACCGACUUCAUCUGGGGGUUUGGCAAACAAGGAUUUCAGUGUCAAGUUUGCUGCUUUGUGGUUCACAAGAGGUGCCAUGAAUUCGUUACCUUUUCUUGUCCCGGGGCAGACAAGGGGCCGGACACGGAUGAUCCCAGAAGCAAGCACAAGUUCAAAAUCCACACGUAUGGCAGCCCAACAUUUUGCGACCAUUGCGGGUCAUUGCUUUAUGGACUUCUACACCAAGGGAUGAAAUGUGACACCUGUGAUAUGAAUGUUCACAAGCAAUGCGUAAUAAAUGUACCCAGUCUUUGCGGAAUGGAUCACACAGAAAAAAGAGGAAGGCUCUAUCUGAAGGCUGAAGUGAAUGGUGAAAAGCUUGAAGUCACAGUACGAGAUGCAAGAAAUCUGAUUCCUAUGGAUCCAAAUGGACUUUCAGAUCCUUACGUGAAGCUGAAGCUUAUUCCAGAUCCUAAGAAUGAAAGUAAACAAAAAACGAAAACCAUCCGUUCCACACUUAAUCCACAAUGGGGUGAGACAUUCACAUUUAAGUUAAAGCCUACAGACAAAGACAGAAGAUUAUCCGUGGAAGUCUGGGAUUGGGAUCGGACAACUCGGAAUGAUUUCAUGGGCUCUCUUUCUUUUGGAGUGUCGGAACUCAUGAAAUCACCUGCAUGUGGAUGGUACAAACUACUUAACCAGGAAGAAGGCGAGUAUUACAAUGUUCCGAUACCAGAAGCAGAUGACGACGGGAAUGUAGAACUGAGACAGAAGUUUGAGGGUAAAAGAAAGGUCCAAGAUAAGAAAGCCAGACUUGGACCUUCAGCUAACAAAGUCAUAUCUCCAAUUGAAGACCGGAGCUGUAGUUUACCAUCUAAUAACCUUGAUCAGGUUAAGCUGACAGAUUUCAACUUUCUCAUGGUGCUAGGAAAGGGGAGUUUUGGGAAGGUGAUGCUGGCAGAACGAAAAGGGACAGAAGAACUGUAUGCAGUCAAAAUAUUGAAAAAAGAUGUGGUGAUUCAGGAUGAUGAUGUAGAGUGUACCAUGGUUGAAAAGAGAGUUCUAGCCUUGCAGGACAAGCCUCCCUUCCUAACCCAGCUUCAUUCUUGCUUCCAGACUGUGGAUCGCCUAUAUUUUGUCAUGGAGUACGUGAAUGGCGGUGACCUCAUGUAUCAUAUCCAGCAAGUAGGAAAAUUCAAGGAGCCUCAAGCCGUGUUCUAUGCUUCAGAGAUCUCCGUGGGGCUGUUCUUCCUGCAUAAAAAAGGAAUCAUUUAUCGGGAUCUGAAAUUAGAUAACGUAAUGUUGGAUCAUGAAGGGCACAUUAAGAUUGCAGAUUUUGGGAUGUGCAAGGAGAAUAUGGCUGAUGGGGUGUCGACGAGGACCUUCUGUGGGACUCCCGAUUACAUUGCACCUGAGAUUAUUGCCUAUCAGCCAUACGGAAGGUCAGUCGACUGGUGGGCCUAUGGCGUACUGCUAUACGAGAUGCUAGCUGGUCAGCCUCCAUUUGAUGGUGAAGAUGAAGACGAGCUCUUUCAAUCAAUAAUGGAACAUAAUGUUUCGUACCCCAAAGCAAUGUCCAAAGAAGCUGUGUCCAUUUGCAAGGGGCUAAUGACUAAACAUCCUGGAAAGCGUCUUGGCUGUGGGCCUGAGGGGGAGAGAGACAUCCGAGAGCAUGCCUUCUUCAGGAGAAUUGACUGGGAGAGACUGGAAAACCGAGAGAUCCAGCCUCCCUUCAAACCUAAAGUGUGUGGCAAGGGCGCUGAAAACUUUGACAAGUUCUUUACCAGAGGACAGCCAGUGUUAACACCGCCUGAUCAGCUGGUCAUUUCUAACAUAGACCAAGCAGAUUUCGAAGGGUUCUCCUAUGUCAACCCACAGUUUGUACAUCCCCUGUUGCAGAGCUCAGUAUGAAAACGAUAGACGCGAAGAAGCCACACAGUGGAAAAUUGUCCUUAGCCCUGGAGUUUUUAGACCUUUGCCUUGUUGAUUCCAUUUGGGUCUGAAAAUUGUAGGGGGAAGAGGCGGGGGAAGAUGCCGAGGUUUACAGCAAAGAUCGUGUGGUCUCAGGAGAUCACCACAUACUACCCAUUGUAUUCAUCUAGGAAUCACUGCUGCUUUUAGGUUACUCUUACGAAGCUAGCCUUUGUCAUUUUUUUUUUAUAACUUCUGUUGUUUCCCAUUGUACCCUGCACCUCUGGGAUUCUUUCCUUUCCGGGGGUUAAUUAAGAGUAUCAUGUAGACUUGAGGGGGGGGGGAAUAAUCAUAAUAAGCAAAUCUGAAUUAUUGCAUGUAGAACCCUGUGGGACCAGGUCUUUCUUUGGUCUGCUUGGUGUCACAUGACAGGAUGAAUGGCUGGGUAAUAGGCCCGGAAAUGUAAAAUAAUUGAAACAGAGAGAAAACAAGAGCAGAGAGUGGGGGGAAAUGCUUCAAUGUUAAAAAUUGAGCAUGUAUACCUAUUACAGCAAACAAAUGAACAAAUCAGAUCCAUGAGAUCUUUGUAAAAUCAGUUGAUCAAAGUAGCGGCAAACGUAUGAAAAUAUGAAAUGGAAAAGAUAAGAUACGUCAGAUUACUAUUAACCUAUGAUGAACUAUCUCAAAGGUAAAACUGCAUCAUGCUGAUAAUGUGUAUUAACUUUAAUCUCCAUGAGAUUACACUGUGAUCCAGGGUGCCAUUUGUACUGCUUAAUUUUUGCCACUACUCAACGUUUAUCAUUAAGCCAAGUUCUAAUACUGUGUUCUAAAAAUUGUUUCUUAGCUCGGCUCUGAGACAAACCUGCAAAGCCCCAAGUCCCCAGUUUAUACUUAUUUAUUUAGCAAACUGCAUGAUAGGAAGGUGUUUGUACAGUGAAUUAACAGAAAUGUAGAAUUCAGAGUCAGUCCCUGCUUUUCCCAAUAAAAGUAAGGUUUUUAAAAAUUAAAAGCUUAGGGUGGAAUUCAACAUUGUGUUAGGAUUAAAGUUCCGUCCGUAAAAGCAUUUCAGCUUGCCAGACAGAACGAUCACCCUCUCUUCUCCCCACGGGCUGUUCUGGGGGGAUCUCUAGGCACAAGGAGAAGUCCUUGCACAGGACUUCUGCGGAUGGGGUUCAUUAGAUGAAUCCCCUCCCUCAGUAUUUUACAUGGUUUAAGAGCCCUGGAGCCACAGAAAAACAAAACGAGAAUUGAAAAGCAGCUGAAGAUGUUGUCUUCGGCUGCAGUUGUCCUGGCUGAAAACGUUGAAUACAUUUUUGCAUAUGCAUCAUGCAAUGAAUUUUGCAUGUUUAAUAAUAAGCAUUAAGUGAAUCUAUAUUACGGAUGAUUGUUAUCAAGUAUGAAGACGAUAUAUACAUUUUUUAUAAGACACAGCUGUGCUAUCUUUGUGAAGGUUAUUGUUCUGGAUGACUCUUUAUUUAGAUUUAGCUUAAUGUUUUAUUAUUACUAGUUUUGGAGGUGUUUUUUUUUUUUUUAAGUUCUGCAUAACGUGGAUAGUUUAGGGAAAUCUAUGCCUUGUUCUUACGUAGGCCUAAUGCUAAAUUAUAACAGCCACCUGCAGCUUUUCUGCAAGGCUCUGACCGCCAUCAAAAAACUUUUAACCACUUCCCUCUGAGCCCCCAGGCUGCUGAAGAAAAAUUCUGUUGGUGCAUGUAGAUAAUUUCUCUGCCCUCCUCAACCAAGGUUUCCCUUUGCACCAAAUCCCUAAAAGACAUUUUGAUCGCUGGCAGUUUUAAGAGCAGCUUUCAUGUGUAUGGGAAAAGAGGACUGGAACAAAAAAAAUUGAAAAGAACUGACUGCAUGCUCAGAACAUGUUCAUAUCCUCUUUGAGACAUGGUUGAAGUUGAGUGGCUAUUACACAUCAAUUAGAUUUUCAAAACAGGAAAAUAAUAAUAGGCCAUUGCUAUAAUUGAUAGAUGCUUCCUCUAGAGUUCUAGCCCCCAUGUUUUAAAUUGCGUAAGCUCCCCCCACCUUAUUUUUUUAUUAUUAUUAGAAUAUGUUGAUUUUAAAAAUCAGUUUGUAUUUGAUUUGCACUUUCGGCAUGCGGUAUGGUACACUCCUCUCCAUUUGUCAACAUUCCCCCUUUUAAUAUUUGCAAACCUAGAUGCUGAAUAUGCACUCCAGUGCCAGAAUCUUGUCAUGCCUUUUCCUUCAUGGAGGGCAAUGCGCCUGCUGUUUUGGCCGCACGAAUGUGCUUCCUAGAAAUGGGAUGUGUUCCACAAGAUUACCGUGAAGGAAAGAGAGGUCUCCACUUUUAUGAAACUGUUACAUAGUACACUAUAGCUCCAAACAGUGCCAAAAUAUUUCAUCUCUCCUCUUCUUGAAAGCACUUGCUUUGAAAGCCCCACUAUUCUCUGAAGGUACCUCAACACAGAGUGUUUUACCUUCAUGUGUGCUCACUGGUGUAGAGGCACCUACGCCAACUCACGAAGCACACUAGUGGCCCCAGGGUCACGUGUGUGCAUGUGGAACAUCACAUAAGCAUGCCACUUGAAAUCUGCAGCAAAUAACCGAUACUGUGAAUAAGAGGCAUAUGAACUUUAUACUAUAAAAAUAGUAUAACAAUGAAAAAUGUGGUCAGUGUGGAUGGACUAUCUUUACGCAUAAAAGUAUCAAAGCUAUCAGACAUUGGUACCUUUACUUUACAAUAAAGGUGUUCUGAGCUGAAUUCUGGCACCAUAUCUCCUUCACAUUUGCCUCUUUUUCUAAACAGUUGUCACAGUUUGAGAGAAAAUUAAGCAUAUUUUAUCAUAAUUGGGCAGAUAAUUUUUAAUUCCCAGACUUAACGCUUAGUGGUUUAUCUAUAAUUGGCACAGCCUAGCUAGCAAAAUUAAACUUUCAUUUGAUAAAGAAACAAACGCUAGCGUUCCACUUACUUGAUAUGUUUUUGCCACUGGGGCGAGGGAACACAAUAUAUUCGGUGAUGACACUUUUGGGACUAUAUUGAGGCUCAAAAUCCGCCCAUCAGCAUGCUGAGAAGGGAACGUUAUUUUAGGACGUGUUCUUUUCCCAUGAAAUCCCCACUUUCUGCAGCCACGGACACAGACAGGGGAUUGCAAUAUAUACGUUGAGGGUGCAUGGACUGCAAUAACGUGGAGGUGGUGGUGCAAUUUAUAGAGCAACAAACAAGAAGACUUGUAUCUGCCUUGAGGAGCUUACAGUCUAAAAAGCAAGAUGCCAGAGUGCUUUGCCUCCAUUGGGAAAGGAGCCCUAGCUCCAUGGUAGAGCACAUGUUUUUCUUGUGCAAGGCACCAGUUCAAUUCCUGACAUCUCCCGUUUAAAAAGAUAAGGGAGGGGUGUUUUGAAAGGCCUCUUCCUGCCCUUAGACUACGAAGAACUGCUGCCAUUCAUAGUUGAUAGCACUGGGGUAAAUAGACCAAUAGUCUAACCAGGUAUAUGACGCUACCCUAUGUUCCUUUGGCUUUGAGUGCUAGAUAAUGUGGAGUUGUUGAACUGAGCAAAGGACUGCUUCUAAAAUUAUCACCCAACAAAAGCUAGUGAAAUAAUGGCGAAUAGAUGGUAAUGACAGGAACUUGUAUUUAUAGCACAUAUAUGGAAAAGUGUGAUACUGAGCAGUAACCAGCCCUGACUAGGUUUUGUUUCAGGGCCCUGUGUCUCAGCUGUUCAGUUUGCAUACAGCUGCUUAAAAUGCAGGUGGAGCAUUGCACUACAAAAUACAAUAAUUUGCUUUCCCUUCCUUUUCCAGCAGACACUUUCAUAAGCUGUUUCAAUUGCUCUGGAAUUUGCCUGUUCAAUAGCAGACAGUAGUCUCUGUUCUUGCUCUUUUGAAAUCCCAGCAUUGGUCUAAUGCGGUAUAUGCUCAAUGCUUUUAAGCCAUUAGUUACCUUUUACAUAACUGGGAAAAUCACCAGUUACAGAAACACAGAGACUCCCCCCCUUUCCCCCCUUUUUUUUGUAUAGCAAAAUGGCAGGCGUUAAGAGGGUGCCGCAAGGGUUUAACAGUGAAGUAUUUGGCGACUGUUGGUUUUUUUUAGCACAAAGCAAGCUAGUUUCCCCUAGAAUCCCCGAGAGCAGGUAUUCUUAACCAGGACCAGCUGUAGACACAUGUGCAUCUGAUACAGAAUAUUAAAAUGGCACAAGCCUCCACACACCAGCUCCUACAACAGUUCAUCCGUAAUAGCUGGACUCCUAUUUCUAAUAUUGGAAAUAAAUGCAUGCUCAAGAAGCCAUGGUCCCCUGAAAGUCAACAUUUCAUUUUACGCAGACUUAAUGAACACUGGAGACAUAGCUUAUUUAAUCGUCUGUGGAAUUAAAAGCAAUUCUUAUUGGCCUUGAGGGGGUGGGGUUAAGGUUGCAUAUGAAAAUUUUAGCAAGUCUAGUAUCCACAGAACAGAGCUCUGUCCCGACUUUUAGAAUUAUUUUUGCAAUAGGAGACAAAUGGAGGACAAAACGGAUCUUCUAGGAAGCUGAAGCUGAAGGUUGCAUUAUUUUAUUUUUAUUUUUGUAUAUUCAGGACACAACCCCACCUUUUUCGCAUCCUUCCCAUCGCAUUAGCAGCAUCCUGUAAGUUGAGAGCUGUGCUCACAGGACCAGCUGAAUUGGGCCCUCAGUGCAUAUUGGUUCACGGUUAUCAGAAUACAAGCGAUUCCCUGGUGGCCAAAUUCAACACAAACUCAACAUAGUGUGGGAAAUGUAUUUAUAGUGUUCAGUUUAUGCCCAUUAAGGAAUUUGGUAGGGUUUUUUAAAAAAUAAUCAUGUGAUUUGUUAUCUUUGUUGUCUAGGCCAUUAGAAUGUAAUGGUUGUCGCUUUUAUUUCAGUUUUUUAAUCUGUUUGCAUCUGUAAAAAUGUGUCAAAUAUUAAGAAUUUGGUUGUAGCAAAGUUUGGUUCAAAGGAAAAAAAUGUUUACUUGCAAGACAACAAAAUGGUUAAACCUCACAUCUUUGCCAACAAAACGUAUCUGAAAUAUUUAAAGUAAAUUGGGAAUGAUUUAGCACUGAUAAUUACAUAUCACUUCAUAUCAUCAGCUGAUAACACUGCCAGUGAAAGCUGGCAUCUAUACAGCCUUAUAGUGAAUCUCUAAAAGCAUGCAGCAAAGUCCUCCCUGUUCAUAAGAAAUUCGGGGGGGGGGGGCGUAUUGCUAUAAUGUUGUCAUAGUUGUACCACAGGUCUGGGAUCUAGGAACAGUGGGCUUCUUUCUCAGCUCUACCGAUGACUCCCUUGGUGGCCUUUGGCAUGGUACUAAACCUCUCUGCCUCAGUUUCCCCAUCUGUAAAAUGGGGACAAUAAUAAUACGUCCCUCGCAGGCUGCUGUGAGAGCUGUUUAGUUGUUGUUCCUGGUACACUUCUAAUAUGAAAUAUAUAUAUUAAAAGUAUUAUACUUUUUAAUAAGGAAUCCAUUUGUUCAAUUUACAUGGUUUGCUGGAAAAAACAAUGCUAUUUAUACUUUUUAUACAACUGUAAUAGUACUGCGGGGGGCGGGGGGAGUACUGAACUUUUCCUAAUCAAUGUCUUACGGGGGUAUGGAAUACAACUUCGCUCUUGCCAGGCAAAGUCCUAUAUAGUACUAUCAAGUGCUGCUUUUGCAAAAAAAAAAAAAAACCAUCUAGACAGUUUUCCUAUUGAAGAGAUUCAAAUCCUGUAUAAAUAAAGCAUCACUGAUUACUGUAGAAUGAAACGUUAAGGAAAUUCAACACCAUAUUUUCAGUGUACCCCAAAGCACCAGAAAAUAAAAUAAGUUAUCCUUAUGAAGGCAACCAAUCACAUCAGCAAAAAAUCUUAUUUCCGUUCUUAAUUCGGUUUGUCUGAGGCUUGCUGGCCUCGACUGCUCUAUUUGUAUAGAAGAGAGAUUUGAUCUUUAUCGGUGGGUGCCAUGAAGAAAUGGAUGCCAGAAAGAAAAAAGAUUUCAGAUCAUGUAGCAGGCCAGUCUGAUUCCAUCGGAUACAUCUUUUGUACCACAUCGGACAUUCAAAGCUCACAAAUUCCACUGGGAAUUUCUCCUAUGCAAACCCCAUUGAAACCUAUGUGUGGGAUUUUCACACAAGCGCAUUGGGCAAGACUGCAAAGGUUAAAAAUUCACCUCUCCAAUGUCCUUGAGUGCUCCCUAGAUUUUCAGUUCAAUGCACGUCUUGCCCCUGAGAUUUCCCAUUCAUUGCCAGGCAGCCCCAUAGCAAUCUGUUCUAUUAAAGUGAAUUGGGAGGCCCUUGAAGGAGAGGAGCCUAUCUCUGUGCCAUGCAAGUACCUUACAGGUACAUCUGUACCAAGCAGAAAUGGCUGGGCCAGGAUGGAUGGAUUUUUAACAAACCCAUAAUUAAUUUCAUCAUUGAUUGUGUGUGCUUAUCUGCGUGCUAUACAGGGUUUCAGGCCUAGGGUUUAAAUGGUUCUUUUCUUUGGUAUGAUACUAUCUCCAAGUAAGUAAUAUAAUACCCAAAGUGAACCCCUUUAAAUCAGUGGGAAAGUCCAUUUAUUUCAGAGGUCUACUCUAUUACUUAGCUGGAAGAUCACUGUCUGUUUCACGGAAAUAACUUAAGAGCUGUUCCUUUCUUUUUGUUAUUUAUAUGAAUGCAAGCCAGUCUUAACAUAAAAUGUGAUUUUAUUGUUAUUUUAUUCUAUUUGCUUAAUGUAAAGCCUACAAAUAUGCAGGUCACACACUAUGGUCAGGUUGCAGCCCUGGAAUGUGUCAACAACUUAUAACAUCAUGGUAUUUGCUUUGUUAACCCUUAUCUUUUCUUUUGACAAAGGAUAGAAUCAAUAAAAGUUACCUUGUAUGUAUGAUACCACUUUUAAGGCUCAACAUUUAUAUUAUGGAGAGAAGGGAACCUUUUCUAAUUAUUUAAUGACGAUAAGGUACUGUAGGGAUAAUGGGAGAAGCCAUUCGUUUGCAGGGGAAAAUCUAAAAAAAAAUAGCAGGCAAGAUUAAUGUACAAAUUGUUGCAUUUCUUCCCCACACCCCUUAAUAUUAAUAUUUAAUCUUUGUUUGCAUGACAUUUUCUUUUGUUAAAUAUUAAUGGUAGUUUGAAAGCAAGUGAAUAUGAAUAAAGAUACUGAUAAUUA